GAUUUGAAAAAUACUCAAGAGGAAAAACAGUUUUAAAGUUUGGUGGGUCGUUUCGUCUCCUAAAGACGGUUCUUACUUCUUCCUCAGCUUCCACUAGAAAGCGACUGCCCCAACGCAUAUGCCCACGAGAAGCAUUUGUCCCCAUUUCUAUUUUAUUCUCUUUCUUUCUUUCUCUCUCUCAUCUUCCUUCUUCUUCUCUGCCCAAUAACACCGACAUUUUCAGUAAAAGAAUCCUUCAUUGAAUUUGAGAAAUACUUAUUGCACAUUUAAAUAAGCUCAAGAUUGGAUUUUUUCAGAUUAAAACAAGUUUUUUGGUGGCUGAUUCUCAAUUUUUGAGUCUUUAAUUGAAAUGGGUUUUGCUCAAAAUUGGGGAAUUUUGAUUGGAUUUUAAGUUGUGGGUAAUCAAAGAUUAAGAGUGAGAAGAAGAACAGAAAAAAAAACCCACAAAAAAAGGAUAAAAUGUCUUGGAAGAGCAGAGGGUUUGAUUCAGCUUCAAAAAAUGUAGUUUCUCGGAAAUUAACACUUUUACUUUGCGUAGGAUGUUUUUGUUUAGGCAUGCUAUUCACUAGCAGAAUGUUGACAGAACCUGAAGAUAAGGGGUUGUUUCGCCGUGCAACAAUGGAAAACGGACGACAUAAUCUUAUUAAGGAGGACUGUGGUCAGAAAUCGAAGGAUGGGAAAAUGGAGCCUAAAAUCAUAUUUGGUGAAGUUUCGAAGACGCAGAAUGCUGUACAAACCUUAGAUAAGACAAUAUCAAAUCUAGAGAUGGAGUUAGCUGCUGCAAGGGCUACACAGGAAUCUAUAAUGGAUGGAUCUCCUGUGUCAGAAACUAGUGGCAAAAGAAAAUAUCUCAUGGUGGUUGGUGUUAACACCGCGUUCAGCAGCAGAAAAAGAAGAGAUUCAGUCCGUGCGACAUGGAUGCCUCAAGGAGAAAAAAGAAAGAAAUUGGAAGAAGAAAAAGGCAUCAUAAUGCGAUUUGUCAUAGGGCACAGUGCUACAGCAGGCGGUAUCCUAGAUAAAGCUGUUGAGGCAGAAGAUCAAAAGCACGGGGACUUUUUGAGGCUGGAACACGUAGAGGGAUAUCUAGAAUUGUCAGCAAAGACAAAGAUAUAUUUUGCCACUGCUGUUGCUAAGUGGGAUGCUGAGUUCUAUGUUAAAGUUGACGAUGACGUACAUGUAAAUAUAGCAACUCUAGGAGCCACCUUAAUCAGGCAUCGCUCAAAGCCUCGAUUGUACAUAGGCUGCAUGAAAUCGGGUCCUGUCCUCGCUCAAAAAGGUGUGAGGUACCAUGAACCUGAGCAUUGGAAGUUUGGAGACGACGGAAAUAAGUACUUCCGUCAUGCUACGGGGCAACUGUAUGCCAUUUCAAGAGACCUAGCUACGUACAUAUCUAUAAAUCAGCAUGUGCUACAUAAGUAUGCUAAUGAAGAUGUCUCAUUGGGCGCCUGGUUUAUUGGGUUGGAUGUAGAGCACAUAGAUGAUCGCAGACUCUGUUGUGGCACUCCACCUGAUUGUGAGUGGAAGGCUCAGGCAGGCAAUGUCUGUGUUGCGUCAUUCGACUGGACGUGCAGCGGAGUUUGCAAGUCGGUUGAGAGAAUGAAGGAGGUCCACCGGCGGUGUGGAGAAGGCGAAAAGGCCUUAUGGAGUGCCACUUUCUGACCAUAAAACAUAAAGAUUCUUCCUAUCUCAGGAGGAGAAUUUGAUCAAGUGUUUUUAGUAGGUUUGAUCAAUGUAGCUAAUACCACUGUAUGUAGAUUUUGGAUGUGUAAAAUGAGUGUGAGAUAUCUCAUAGAGAGAGAGAGAGAGAGAGAGAAGAGAGGAGAGAGAAUGUUAUAGAGUAGGAUUCUGUUCUGUUCUCCCAUUUUAUAGAGUUAGGAGAGAAGCAGAGAGAAUUCUUUUGGAUGAACACAAAAAGAAACAAAGAGGCUUGCAUCUUGUUAGCCCUCUAAUAUUCAUUGAAUGCUGAUAGUAACAAUAAAACCAGUUAAUAUCAAUAUCACUUACAAAGUA